CACGCAUAACGAAGGCAAAGAUGUUUAAAAAUCGAAAGAUAAUGAGUCGAAUGCUAAUUAAGCCCGUUUCGGCCGCUCUGCAGCAGCAGCAGCAGCGCCAGCAGUACGUCAUUCGCCGCUGGAAAUCGUUCCUGCAGAACAACAACAACAGAACGAAAUCGACGACGCCGACUGCGGCCGCAGCAGCGGCAGCGACGUCGCAGCGUCACGGAAAAAGCAACGAUUUCAUUCAACCGUUAGACGUCCGCCGUUCGUUUUCAACCAGCCACAAAAUGCCGUCGUCGUCGAAAGCGCUACAAUUGGAUAACAUAAAUCCAAACUUCAUCGCCAUGGAGUAUGCGGUUCGCGGUCCUCUGGUAAUUCGUGCCGGAGAAAUCGAAAAAGAGCUGGAAAAGGGUGCUAAGAAGCCGUUCGACCAGGUGAUCCGUGCCAACAUCGGCGACUGCCAUGCCAUGGGCCAGCAGCCCCUGACCUUCCUGCGACAGCUGAUGGCGCUGACCUUCGAGACUCGCCUGCUCGAUUCGCCCGACUAUCCCGAGGACGUGAAGAAGCGCGCCUGUGCCAUUCUGGACGGCUGCCAGGGUCAGUCGGUGGGCUCCUACACCGACUCCGCCGGCCUGGAGGUGGUGCGUCGCCAGGUGGCCACCUACAUCGAGAGGCGCGACGGCGGCAUCGCCAGCGACUGGCAGAACAUCUACCUCACCGCCGGCGCCUCGCCAGGCAUCAAGAGCAUUCUCUCCAUGAUCAACUCCGAGGUGAACGGCAAGCCGCCAGGCGUGAUGGUGCCCAUUCCCCAGUACCCACUGUACUCGGCCACCAUCUCCGAAUACGGCAUGUCCAAGGUGGACUACUACCUGGAGGAGGAGACCGGCUGGAGUCUGGGCAGGAAGGAGCUGCAGCGCUCCUACGACGAGGCCAAGAAGACGUGCAAUCCGCGCGCCCUGGUCGUGAUCAAUCCGGGCAAUCCCACCGGCCAGGUGCUGACCCGCGAGAACAUCGAGGAGAUCAUCAAGUUCGCCCACGAGAACAAGGUGCUGCUGCUGGCCGACGAGGUGUACCAGGACAAUGUGUACGACAAGAACUCCAAGUUCUGGUCCUUCAAGAAGGUGGCCUACGAGAUGGGCGAGCCCUACCGCAGCCUAGAGCUGGUCAGCUUCCUGUCCACCUCGAAGGGCUACCUGGGCGAGUGCGGCAUUCGCGGCGGCUACAUGGAGGUGCUCAAUCUGGACCCCAAGGUCAAGGCCAUGCUGACCAAGUCGAUAACGGCGGCGCUCUGCAGCACCACCGCCGGCCAGGUGGCCGUGAGCGCCCUGGUCAACCCACCGCAGCCGGGAGAGCCCUCCUACGAGCUGUUCAAGCAGGAGCGCGACGCCAUCCUGGCCGCUCUGAAGGAGCGCGCCGAGCUGGUUCACAAGGCGCUCAACAGCUUCGAGGGCUACAAGGUGAACCCGGUGCAGGGCGCCAUGUACGUCUUCCCCCAGAUCGAGAUCCCGCCCAAGGCCGUCGAGGCCGCCAAGGCCAAGGGCAUGGCCCCCGAUGUUUUCUACGCAUUUGAGCUGCUCGAGACGAGCGGCAUUUGCAUUGUUCCUGGCAGCGGAUUUGGCCAGAAGCCCGGCACCUGGCACUUCCGCAGCACAAUCCUCCCGCAGACGGACAAACUGAAGCUGAUGAUGGAGAAGUUCCGCGUGUUCCACGCCGACUUCAUGAAGAAGUACAAGUAGACGACCUCCCCGGCCACACACCCCGUCCUCCGCCC